AAAGAGAAGUUAUUUGGUGCUUUCAACAUUAUACUGGCAAUCCUCCUUCUUGGAGCAAUUUUUGGAGAAGGCAAUAUUCUUAAAGUUUUUGGAUUAAGUCAGGAGAUCCAACCCAGCACGUCCACUACGAAAUUUAAUGAUGUUAAGGGAGUUGAUGAGGCCAAAGCUGAGCUAGAAGAAAUUGUCCUUUAUCUUCGUGAUCCCAAGCGGUUCACAAGUCUAGGAGGUAAGCUUCCUAAGGGGGUGUUACUUUCUGGUCCAGCUGGGACAGGUAAAACCAUGUUAGCAAGAGCCAUUGCAGGAGAAGCAGGAGUACCAUUCUUUACCAAAAGCGGGAGUGAGUUUGAGGAAAUGCUUGUUGGUGUGGGUGCAAGAAGAGUGAGGGAUCUAUUUGCUGCAGCAAAGAAGCGCUCUCCGUGUAUUAUUUUCAUUGAUGAGAUAGAUACAUUUGGAGGCCGCCGUGAAUCCAAAGAUCUGAAACGUUCGCAGACUACCUUAAAUCAGUUUCUUGUCGAGCUUGAUGGCUUUAAACAAAAUGACGGAAUUAUUGUGAUUGCUGCAACCAACUUCCCUCACUCUUUGGAUAAAGCACUUGUUAGACCUGGCCGUUUUGAUCGUAACAUUGUUGUUCCCAAUCCAGAUGUUGAAGGACGAAGACAGAUAAUGGAAUCUCACAUGUCAAAGGUUCUCAAAGGAGGAGAUAUUGAUCUAACUAUUAUUGCCAGAGGAACACCUGGGUUCUCAGGUGCAGAUCUUGCAAAUAUGGUGAACGUCGCAGCUCUCAAAGCCGCAAAGGAUGGUUCUAAAGCAGUGAGCAUGACUGACUUGGAGUAUGCAAAGGAUAAGAUUAUAAUGGGAAGUGAGCGCAAAUCAGCUGUGAUUUCUGACGAAACUCGAAAAUUAACAGCUUUUCAUGAAAGUGGUCAUGCUUUAGUAGCCAUCCACACAGAUGGGGCUCAUCCAGUUCACAAAGCAACAAUAGUUCCACGAGGAAUGUCUGCUGGAAUGGUAGCUCAAUUGCCUGACAAAGAUGAGACUAGUGUUUCUCGCAAACAAAUGCUUGCUAAAUUAGAUGUUUGCAUGGGUGGUCGAGUAGCGGAGGAAGUUAUAUUUGGAGUAAAUGAAGUUACUAGUGGUGCAUAUUCAGAUUUCCAACAAGCAACAUCUUUAGCCAGAAAGAUGGUCACAAUAUAUGGAAUGAGCGAAAAAAUUGGGUGCGUCACUCACAGUUAUGAUGAUGAUGGCAAGAGUAUGAGCAGUAAAACUAGACUUCUCAUCGAAAAGGAGGUGAAAGGGUUCUUGGACAGGGCUUACAAUAACGCGAAAACAAUCCUGUCUACUCACAUCAUAGAACUCCACGCACUAGCUAAUGCCCUGCUUCUGCAAGAAACACUCACAGGAAGUCAGAUCAGUGAUUUACUUGCCCGAGUCGGUAAAAAGCAAAUUCUGCCUUCUCCCGUGGAUGCGUCUCAGCCUGUUUUGAACGAUUCAAAGAAGAAAAAUGGCAACCCAAAACGGGGUCUUCGCAUUAAACGCCUAGGGUGAGCUCGAAGAUGUUAUCUUUCUCUACUCUUAGUAUAUUUAUUUUUCCAUUGUUAGUCUUUAUUCUUGGAGGUUUAGAACUUUUACAUUUUGCUUGUUUCCUGUUUAAUUCCAUUCAUGUUGUCAUGUUUGCGUAAAUUCAGAGGCGAACAAGGAGCACAGAAAUAUUUAAUGUCAGUAACCUUAUAAUUUAGAGUAGAAUUAAGAAAUGAAUAUUUGCACCUGUUGAACCAAAA